CACACACACAGGCCCAUGAUGACACGUGAACACACACUCAGUGUUCACAAUGACACAGCUCUGAUCGGAGGGAGGUGAUCUCUGAACGUGCUCAGUGAGCACCCCUAAUUUCCCUGAUUUACAUUUCACUGACAAUCACACCUAAUGGAAUCCAAUCAGAAUGCCAGCGGGGACGGAGUGUUGGGGACGCAGAAGGAGGCGGCGCUGCGGCUGCUCACACAGCGAACAGGAUACCAACUGAAGCAGGAGAACGGUCAGCGGCGGUAUGGCGGCCCACCGCCCGCAUGGGACGGCCCACCACCAGAGAGAGGCAGCGAGAUCUUUGUGGGGAAACUGCCGAGAGAUCUGUUUGAAGAUGAACUGGUUCCACUGUGUGAGAAGUUUGGUAAAAUCUAUGAAGUGAGGAUGAUGAUGGACUUUAACGGGAACAACAGAGGUUACGCCUUCGUCACCUUCAACACCAAACAGGAAGCCAGAACAGCCAUGAAGCAGCUUAACAACUACGAGAUCAGGAACGGUCGCCUCCUCGGUGUUUGUGCCAGCGUCGACAACUGCAGGUUGUUUGUGGGAGGGAUUCCCAAAACGAAGAAGCGCGAGGAGAUCCUGUCGGAGAUGAGGAAGGUCACCGAAGGGGUCAUUGACGUCAUCGUGUACCCCAGCGCCGCCGACAAAUCCAAGAACCGAGGCUUCGCCUUCGUGGAGUAUGAGAGCCACCGAGCCGCUGCCAUGGCUCGACGCAAACUGCUGCCAGGUCGUAUUCAGCUGUGGGGUCAUGCCAUUGCCGUGGACUGGGCUGAGCCGGAGGUGGAGGUUGAUGAGGAUACCAUGGCAACUGUCAAGAUACUGUACGUCAGGAACCUGAUGCUGCAGACCACAGAGGAGACAAUCGAGAAGGAGUUCAACAGCCUCAAACCAGGUGCAGUAGAGCGAGUGAAGAAGAUCAGAGACUACGCCUUCGUCCAUUUCACACACAGAGAAGACGCCAUCGACGCCAUCAAUGCUCUAAACGGAAAGGUGGUGGACGGGUCUCCCAUCGAGGUGAGUCUGGCCAAGCCUGUGGACAAGGACAGUUACGUUCGUUACACCAGAGGGACGGGAGGACGGGGAAGCUCUCUGCUGCAGACCGACUACACCGCCUACACCGUGGGACAGGUGUACGACCCCUCGGCGGCGUAUCUCGGUGCACCCGUGUUUUAUGCCCCCCAGGCCUACGCUGCCAUUCCAGGUCAGUUUCGGUUCCCGGCAGCCAAAGCUCACGUUGGAGGUCGAGGUCUGAUCAGGACGCCAUCUGUUCGAGAAAUUUACAUGACUGUACCUGUAGGGGCUGCGGGGGUGCGGGGGCUGGGUGGGCGGGGCUACUUGGCCUACGCUGCCGGGGGAGGAGCCAUGAGCCGAGGUGGUGGUGGCGCUGGCAGCGCCUCCUAUGGGCUGAAGAUAGACAAGCACGCAGAGGAGAAGCUGUACGACCUGCUGCCCGGCAUGGAGCUGACCCCCAUGAGCCUGAAGGCAGCCGCCAUCAAACCUGCUCCACAGGUUCUGGAGGAGCUGUGUCAGAAGAACAACUGGGGACAACCAGUGUAUCAGCUCCACUCUGCCAUCGGUCCAGACCAGAGACAACUGUUCCUCUACAAGAUCACUGUCCCAGCUCUGGCUACACAGUAUCCCAGCGUUCAUCCCUUCACCCCUGCUAAACUGUGUGCUGCUGUAGAAGAAGCUAAAGUCCAUGCAGCUGAGCACACCCUGCAGACUCUGGGUCUGCAGACAGAGGGCGCCGCUGACACCAGCUGUGCUACUGCUGCCGCUGUGGCCUCAGUAGCCUUCCCAGGUAUGUGA